AUGGGCAGCAUCUCUGAAAGCCCUCCUACCGUUGAGAUUCCAAUCAUCGACAUAUCCGGCUAUCUUGCCGGAGACGCCGAAGCCAGACGCAAAGCCGCUUUACAAAUCCGCCAUGCCUGCGAGAACCAAGGCUUCCUCCAAGUCGUUGGGCACUCGGUGAGCCAGGAGAUCCAGCACCGCUUCCUGGCCGCCAUCGCACGGUUCUUCGCCCUCCCUGUAUCGGAGAAGGAAAAAGUCUCCCAAUCACUGUCGAAAUGCCAUCGAGGCUACGAGCGGAUCGGGGGCCAGAAACUCGACGAGCUCGACGACUCGGCCACCCCUGACCAGAAGGAAGGCUUCUCCAUCCGCCCUGAGAGGCCGCUGGGUAAGUUUCUGCAGGGUCCUAAUCAGUGGCCCGACAGCCUGGAUGGGUUCCGCGAAGAUUACAUGGCCUACUUCACCGCCGUGCAUGAACUGUCCAGAUCCAUCUUCCGACUAUUAGCUCUGUCGCUCGAUCUGCCUGAGAAUCACUUUGAUGCUUUUGCCGCCGACCCAGAUGGUGAGUUGUCUUCUCAUCAUUAUCCUCCCACACCCGUCGAUGUGGCGGGUAGGACCCGCGGCGUCGGCGCUCACACGGAUUUUGGCGCCUUGACGCUUCUCUUGCAGGACGAAGUGGGCGGCCUAGAAGUCCUUCAUAGACCAACAGGCACCUGGCAUAACGUCCCGCCGGUCAAGGGCGCCUAUGUCUGCAACAUCGGCGAUCUGAUGCAGAUCUGGACCAACAACCGGUACAAGUCGACCAUGCACCGUGUCAUUUCACCCCUGAGUGGCAAGGACAGGUAUAGCUGUGCUUUCUUCAACGAUGGCGCUUUGGAUACCCUGGUGGAGUGCUUGCCCACUUGUAUCGCACCGGGCGAGAAGCCGGUCUAUGAGCCGCUCAAGGUGGAGAAACAUCUUAGGCAGAGAUAUAUGCAGAGUUAUGGGGCCGCUGGGACUGUUUUGGCCGCCUAG